CAUCAUCAACAACAACAACAACAAUCAAUAGAAUUUUUAUUAUUUAAAGAACCACAAACAUUGAUUGAUUUGUCAGCAAUUCCACGUUUAGGUUUUAUUAUAUCAAAAUUUGAACAGUAUUUUCGGCCAAAUUCAUUGCUUAUUAAUGCUAAUGGUGAUAAUAAUAAUAAUAAUGAUGGUGUUGUUUUGGGCAUACAACAACAACAACAGCAGCAGCAAUUAAAAUUGAAUAAUCAAAAUGUUCUUUAUCUACAACAGAUAAAUGUAUUGAUUGAAUUUAUUGAAAAUAAUAAUCUAUUACGUAUUAAAUUGGAGAAUAAUGAUCUGGAAACAACAACAACAACAACAACCAUCAUACAACAACAACAACAAUCAUCACAACAUGUACAGAUGUUAAUAUUACUUAUACGUGAUUGGAUGUUGCAAUUUUAUUUGGAUAAAAGUUUUAUCUAUGAAUUAUUUCCAUCGACAACAACAAACGAGGGAACGACAUUUUCAUUGGUCAAUAUCAAAGAGAAUAAUGUAUUUUUAAUAUCAUUAUUAAUAUUCAAUGUUUUAUAUAAGCUACGAAAUUCAUUCGCCGAUUAUCAAUUAUUAUUGGAAUUUUCGUGGAUCUGUUUCACCGAUCUAGAGCCAUAUAUUAAUGUGGCUAAUUUAGAUAAUGAAUAUAUUUAUAGUAUGUUGCAAUCAUCAUUAUUGAAUGCAAGAAUCGAAGAGGAACAAGAAACCCAAUUAAAUACACAGCUUUAUAGACAGAUUGAAACAAUGAAUCAAAAGAUUGUCGAAUCAAAAAAACGACUACUUAGUAUUGAAUUACAGAAUAAUAAUCAAUGUUUAAAACAAUCGAUUCAAUCAUCAUCAUCAGGAAAAAUUCAUCAAAUGAAUAAAACAUCAUCAUCUUCAAUGAAAAUGCAUCAAUCGAAUGAAUCAACAUUAUCAUCUACGAAACAAUAUUUAACAAAUACAACAAGAUCACAUCCAAAUCAUCAUCAACAACAACAACAGCAUCAGCAAUCAUCAUUGGCUAAUCUAUCACAUCAAUCAUCAAAAAUUUUUCCAUCAAUUGGACAAUUUAAUGUAGAUCAUCUUCAACAACAACACCAUCAACAGCAUGGUCAUCAUCAGCAGCAGCAACAUCAACAUCAAAUUCAUAACAUUUCACAACAUCAACAGCAAUCAACAAAAUCUCCGAAUGAUUUAAAACGAAUGGAACGGCCAUAUAAAUGUGAAACAUGUUUAAAAACAUUUCCAACAAGCUAUAAAUUGAAUCGCCAUAAUUAUUCACAUUCCGGUGAAAGGCCAUACAUGUGUCAAUGGCCUAAUUGUGAUAAACGUUUUAAUGAUAAUUAUCAUCUACGGCGACAUAUGAAUACACAUACCGGUGAAAAACCAUAUCCAUGUAAUUAUCCGGGAUGUCCAAAACGUUAUUCACGUUCAGAAGAUUUACGUAAUCAUCAAAAAACACAUAAUAAUAACAAUAUUAAUAUUAAUAAUAAUAAUUAUAAUAGUGGCAAUAAUAAUUCGCAACAGCUACAACAAACUUCGAGUACAAUAUCAUCAACAUCUUCAUCGUCAUCAAAUAAUAAUAAUAAUAGUCGAUCAUCAUCGAAUAAACUAAAUGGCCAACAAAAUAUUGGUACAAAUCUUAGUCAGAAUCAAAGUCAUCAUCAUCAACAGCAGCAACAACAAUCUGGAAGUAAUGGUCAACAGCAGAAUUUAGUUCUCGUUCAACAACAACAACAGAUAAUAUCACAAACACAAUCUUCGGCUAAAUCACCAUCAAAUCAUUCACAUCAGCAUCCUCAACAACAGCAACAUGGCCAUCGAAUGAAUCAAUCGAUUACUGAUCCACAAUUAUUACAGAAUCAAUUGAAUCAAUUACAGCGACAGAUACAACAGCAACAACAAAAUUAUUCACAACAGACAGCGGCAGCAGCUGUUGUAGCUGCUACUGCUGCAGCAAAUUUAGCCGCACAACAACAACAUGUUUCCGGUAGUGGUAACAAUUCCAACAAUGGUAGUUCCCAUAAUAAUGGUGGCAACGGAAAUGGUGAUAAUGAUUCAAUUGUUGUACAACAAGCACAAACUGCUGCCCAAACAAUGAUUAUGGAGGCGAGCAAUCAACAACAACAAUUAUCAUCACCACAACAAUCGGCAGCUAAUAAUAAUCCAAAUACGCAACAACAACAGGCAAAUAAUCCAAAUCAAACGCAAAAUUCUGCAUCCAAUCAAUUGCAACAACAUUUGACUGAAAAUUAUUUCUAAAAUCCACUGCAUUGUUGAAUGAUCUUCAAAUUUGAUUCUCAUUUUUUUUAAACUUUCAUUCGAUCGUUCGUUCAUUCUCGACAUUUUUGAUUCCUUUGAUCAUCUAAUUUUCAAUAUAUUAAUUUAGUUUAUUUCAUUAAUCUAAAUAGAUUCUUUAAUUACUUGUGAAAUUAAACGAAACUGAUGAUUAAUAAAUUUUUUUUCAUUUUGCAA